UCCGGCAGUCUCCGCACUGAGGAUCUCUCCCCGGCAGUCUCCGCACUGAGGGUCUCUCUCCGGCAGUCUCCGCACUGAGGAUCUCUCCCUGGCAGUCUCCGCACUGAGGGUCUCUCCCCGGCAGUCUCCGCACUGAGGAUCUCUCCCCGGCAGUCUCCGCACUGAGGGUCUCUCCCCGGCAGUCUCCGCACUGAGGGUCUCUCCCCGGCAGUCUCCGCACUGAGGGUCUCUCCCCGGCAGUCUCCGCACUGAGGGUCUCUCCCCGGCAGUCUCCGCACUGAGGUUCUCUCCCCGGCAGUCUCCGCACUGAGGGUCUCUCCCCGGCAGUCUCCGCACUGAGGGUCUCUCCCCGGCAGUCUCCGCACUGAGGAUCUCUCCUCGGCAGUCUCCGCACUGAGGGUCUCUCCCCGGCAGUCUCCGCACUGAGGGUCUCUCCCCGGCAGUCUCCGCACUGAGGGUCUCUCCCCGGCAGUCUCCGCACUGAGGAUCUCUCCUCGGCAGUCUCCGCACUGAGGGUCUCUCCCCGGCAGUCUCCGCACUGAGGGUCUCUCUCCAGGGAUCUUCACUCCAGAGUCUCUAACUAGCAGUCUCCACACUGAAGGUCAGUGGUCUCCACACUAACAUCUCCAGGGUGACUCACCAGCAGUCUCCACACUGAGGAUCUCUCACCAGGGACCUCCACACUGUAGUCUCUCACUGCACAACAGGAGGCCCCUCUGGGGUCUGUCUCAGAAGAUGCUGCUGCUCCUGGGAUUGCUGGUUGCUGUGAGGUCGGAGCCUUCUGUGCCAGAAUGUUUCACGGUAAACGGGAGAGAUUAUCGGGGGUCCGUGAACCAAGCUGGAGCCGAGAAGAUUCCUUGUCUUUACUGGAACCAGACGAUCCAGCACCGCUACAACACACAGUCCGAUCCAUCCGGGGAGCUGGGACUUGGAAACCACAAUCAUUGCAGGAAUCCUGACUCUGACGUCCAGCCGUGGUGCUAUGUGUCUGAGGCAGAAGACGGGAUCUACUGGAUGUAUUGCGACAUUCCAUCAUGCCACAUGCCAGGCUACGUGGGCUGCUUUCUGGAUCGGGGCUCUCCUCCUGCCCUCAACGGGGCCAGUGGCACAUCCAAAAAACUCACCAUCCACAACUGCAUCCAGUUCUGUCGCCGAAAAGGCCACGAGUUCGCGGGGCUGGAGGCCGGCUACGCAUGCUUCUGCGGCAGUUCUUCGGAGAUGGCGGCUCUGCAGGAGGUCAGCAGUUCUCAGUGUGACCAGAUCUGUUUCGGAAGGACCAAUGAGCUUUGUGGUGGUGACGGGAAGCUCAGUGUGUACAAUGUCUGGGUGGGGACGUGCCAUGGAAACUUCUCCUCCACUGCUGGGGUCCUCUACUCACCAGACUUCCCAAAUGAAUACAGCGCAGACAGCUCGUGUGCCUGGGACAUCAUCAUCCCUGGCAGCACGACCAUACAGGUACACUUCCAGUCCUUUCAUGUCCCAGAUCCUGAUGAUGUCCUAGACCUGAAGGAUGGAAGAAGUGGAAGACUACUUUUUCAAAUUCGAGGAGGGCAAGAACCUCCAAACAACAUCACCUUUCAGACGGACCAUCUUCAGAUAACAUUCCAGUCCAACCGUGAGGUCAGCGGCCCAGGAUACGUGAUGGUGUACAGGGGUCUGGGACACCUGCGCUCAUCUGUGGUUCCAUAUUCCGGGAUGACAUCUUCCCCCACCGCAGAGGAAAGCCAUCCAGCAGAGAGUGAGCAGCACAGGAACAUCUGGCUUCUCGUGGCCGCCAGCUCCGCUCUCCUGCUCCUGGGCAUUGGAUACUCAGUGUGGAGGUACCUACCCAAUGAGUGCUGUAGUGACGGAUACAUGAUGAGUGGUGUAGUGACAGGUUCCUGGCCUGCAGUUGCUCCACGCUGUGCAGACACCAGAGGGCGCAGUGCGGAGACCUGACCAGUGUGAACCAGUCGUCUAUGAAGUCCCUGCUGUAAGUACCCGGCUGUGCCCACCAGAACCACCAGCAGCCCUGGGCACCUAUCUGUAUUGACCUUCUGAGAGGAAAAGGGCCUCCAGCAGCACUGGACACCUACCUGUACUAACCUACUGAGAGGACAAGGACCACCUGCAGCCCUGGACACCUACAUGUACUAACUUACUGAGAGGACAAGGACCACCUGCAGCCUGGACACCUACCUGUACUCAGUCUCACCUCCUGAGAGGACAAGGAUCUACAGCAGCUUUGGACACCUGCAGAACUCAGGAGCAGGGGGUACUUGCACACUGGUUGCUGUUUAAUGCUUGUCAUUGCAGUGGCCAGGUUUGGGGUGGCCCCAACGUUAUGCUAGGUGCCCUGGACACCGUUGAGGUGUCACCACGUGUUGCUCCUCUCUGGAAGGGAUGGUAAGGUGUGGAGCACCCCAAUGGGAAAU